CUCUUUGUCUCUCACGCCAGAAAUUCACCGGAACUCAUCAGAGACAGACAGUGGCAAGAGUGAGAUGGUCGAGGGACAGGGAGAGAUGGAUUUGGGGUCUGGAUGAGGUAGAAAGAGACCAACCAUGAGUGCGGUAGUGCGAGAGAAGAGCCCUGGGCUGAGGAGAUAAUCACAGAGCGAGAGAGAGAACACGAGGGCCCUGAGAGAGCCGAAGAAGAAGAGCAGGAAAAAAAGAACUAACAAUAUUCCCAACAAAAGAGUUUUCUUUGGGGGCCUCUCCGGAGGAGAGAGAGACAGUGUUAGUGGCUGGGAUUGUGGUGGUAUGGGCCUAUGCUCACCUUCGCGAGCAUUGCCAAGUGGACGUGAGGAAAUUGAUGACUGGGAGGUGAGAUUGUAGUAGUGGAUGGAUUUCUCUGCUUCCAAGCUGCGAAUACUCUCGCGCGCGUCCAGGGAGCCCAAAAAGAUACACACCAGAAGCCGCGCACUGGCUCAAGCGGUGCAAAGAGAACUUCAUUCUCCAGUGUUCACAUCUCCCAAGACCUUUGGAGGAGAAACAUCUCGUGCCUUGUCCGCGGAACCGUUUUUUUUGCGCCAAUAUCUCCUUGGACUUCUCACUUGACUCAGUCUCUACCAAAUUUGUUUUUACACUGUGCACCUUGUGUCCCCAGGAGGAUCAUCCUCCUGGUUUUUUUUUUGCAAUUUUUGUGUGAAAACCCUUUUAGCCCAUCAAGUGUUCUGAUUUGACAAUAAUUGUUUUUUUUUUUGGGAUUUUUAUCUGAUUGUGAGAAAAGUGAUUGGUUUGUUUUGCGGAUAAACUUUUAAGAUUAUCGACAGACAUCUCCAGAGGAUAAAACCUUAAAAAAACAUCCUUCUGAGCAGCAAAGUGCCUUCAACAAGUGCUUUAAAAAAAAAGUUAAUCAUGUUAACUUGUGCAAAAAUUCAGGACUAAAAACAAUUUUUAAAAAAAAGGACUGAAGUGUUGUUUGCAAAGAAAAGUGAAGACUGAUUGAAACACCUUUGAUCGAAUCUUUGUGCUAACAAAUGAGUUUGGAGCUUGAAAAUGUCGAUAGUGAUGCACUUUGUGACAAGAUAAGGAGGAAUUUUUCACACUUGAAACUGCAAUAAGCUCCAGAGAAACUCCGUAUAGUUUCAAGAUUUUCCCUGCAUUUGGAGUUUUAUUGCAUUUUCUUCUUAUCAGCUUUUGGGAUUUGAAGAAUACAAGAUGAAGCGCCAAUUGAGAAAAUAUUCCACAAAUACCAUUUCGGCGCCCCCACCGAGUAUCGCAGGACAGAUCAACUCUGUGCCUUCCCGGACGCCAGAGAGACGAUCUUCCAGCAAUUCAGAUUCCUCGGUGGAGCCGAUGGAUGUGAGUUCUUCAAUCAAUCGUACGGCCAAUUCCAGCACAGAAGCAUCCUCCACGACAGCAUCCAGCAAUAAACUUGGCAUUGGCAGUGAUAUCAAUGAUACAGAUCACACCAAUGACUCAGAGAAUGAGUACACAAGUCACACGGUGGUCAGGAGGGACAAUCUGCGUCAGAUGGACACCACGAGCAUCAUGAUAAUGCGAAAGAAGCAUCGGUACAGUGCUAAGAACAACAACAAUGUGCAGUACUUUGAGGAGAAACGAUCAGAGGGUGAAGAUCGCGAUGGUGAGGGAAAAAUUAGUGGCAAUCAGAGUCCCAUUGAGAGGGGCACGGGUGAAAACAUUGGCAAAUUGUCAAUGGGAGAGGACAAAAAGUACUUCUGUCCCAUUUGCAAUUCUCUCCUUGACACGCAGCAUGAAUUCACUGAACACAUCCGAGGCCACAACAAUUGCGAUGACUCCCAAAAUUUCACCUGCCGUAUCUGCUCCAAGGUGCUGUCGUCGGCAUCAUCUCUCGAUCGUCAUGUGCUAGUCCACACGGGAGAGCGUCCCUUCACGUGCAAAUACUGCCAUGUCACCUUCACCACAAAUGGCAACAUGCACCGCCACAUGAGGACGCACAAGCAACGGGGAGAGGGUGAGAGCUACGAGAGUGAUGGAUCCUCAGAUUCCAGUGGUAGUAGCAGCAAUAAUAACUACCAGAAGAGAACGGAUGGGAAACGGAAGAGCAGUGAGAUGGAGGAUGCCUCACCGGCUUCCAAUCAUCUCAAGAGGAAGAUCAGGACCAUCAAUAACAAUAACAUCGUGGAACCGGCCACGAAGAUGGUAUCACAGAGUUUCUGCUGUCCUGUAUGCGAUCGCAAUGAUUUCUCCUCGAUGCUGCAUCUGGAGACGCACAUGGACCAGGAACAUCCGACAGUUCCGGCCAAGUGUCGAUGCUGCGAUGUUGUAUUCAAGAGCUACAAACUCCUCAAUGCCCACAGAUGUAGCUCGAGUCGAUCGCAGAAUAUCAUGCAGGGCUUCAAGGAUCUCACCUUUGUGGACUUCUCAGCAGAUAAAUUUCCUCUGAUAGCCAAGUCUGCGUGCGAAGAGAUCAUCCGGACUCCCAUAGCCAGUCAGAAAUUUGAAUGCUCAAAGUGCUACAGGGCAUUUCCGUGUGCCAAAGCUGUUGACAUUCAUGCCAAGGAAUGCGGAGAGAGUGCUCAGGACUUCAGUAUUCGACGGAAUCGACAGAACAGUGAGACUAGCGAAGAGGAGGCCAAAAGGGAUGAUUUCUUUGCCAAUCUCGAUCUCCAGAACAAAUCAAUGACCACAACAUCCACCAAUUCCAGCGGAGAACUCUCACCUCAGUCCUCUGUCUCGCCAUCGCCAUCCGAUGAUCCCCAUAUGGACAUUAAGGAAGAAAUGCUACGAACACCUAGUCUCCAUCAUCAGGAUUCAAAGGAUCUGGCAGAUAUUCAGUCAAUUAUCAAUGUGACAUCCUCAGGGCAGUUCCUGAGGCAACUGGACAGACCAACACCUGCCAAGUCCAUCGAUCUCAAUCUCUCAAUGGGCUCCAGCAAGGACGAAGAGGAGGCGCAGGAUGCCUUCACGGCGGAAUUCAGGAAGAUGAAGUUGCGCGGGGAAUUCCCAUGCAAACUCUGCACGGCCGUUUUUCCCAAUCUGAGAGCCCUGAAGGGGCACAAUCGCAUCCACUUGAGUGCUGCAGGUGCUGGACCCUAUCGCUGCAAUAUGUGCCCAUACUCCAUCCACGAUAAGGCAGCUCUUAUCCGUCACAUGAGCAGGACGCACAACGGUGAUCGACCUUAUGAGUGCGCCAUGUGCAAUUAUGCGUUCACGACAAAGGCCAAUUGUGAGCGUCACCUGCGCAAUCGGCACGCGAAGAGCACGCGAGAAGAAGUCAAACGCGCAAUUAUUUAUCAUCCAUCUGAAGAUUCCAGCUGUGAUGAUCCAUCGAAGAAAUUGCAGCUCUUUGGCUCUCCCGAUUUUCCCGAUGAUGAUGAUCAUAUGUCCAAAGAUCGCACUAGUACACCGGUGUCGCAUCUCAAGGAGAUGCUUCUGCCCACAAUGAUUCCUGGUGCGGGGGAUAAGCCACUGAAGAUUCAGGUGAAGAGCCUGGAAAAGCUUCUGCAUGCGUCAAAGUAUGAUGAUGAGGAGGAUGAGGUGAAGGAAGAGGUGGUGCAGGAGGAGAAUCGGGAAAUUGGAGGGAAACCUGUGGAUCUGUCGAUGGAUGCUCUGGAUCUCAGCAAAAAGAGUUCAACGUCGUGUCGGGAGGAGAAAGAAGCACGAGAUUCACCGUCACCGCAGCCAAAGAUUGAUCUGUCGGUGUUUGAGAAGAAUCACCAGCUGCUUUUCGCGCAGCAGCAGCUGUUCAAUGAGACUUUCCCCAAAAUUGAUCCCGCCCACUAUUUCCAACUUCAGCAAUUCUAUCGGAAUCUGAUGUUUCCACAGCCGGGAUUUCCGCUGCAGCAUUUUCUGCUGCAGAAUAGCCUCCUGGCGGGACAGGCCACUGGCACAAAUCCCAUGUUGGACAUGAAGAAUUUCUUCCAGCCACCCAAAGAUGCGCUCCAGCCUGGGCAGAUGCCACUGCUCAAUCCAAUGUUUACGGCUGCUGCCUCAAGUCCGCCCCUUGGAAAUCAUCUGGGUCAGCAACAGAACAGCUCGGGGGGUAUCAAUCAUGGUCCUGGAGUGGCCAAAUCCAGGGAUUUAUCACCAAAACAGCCUCCACAGAUGCCCCAUGCAGCUCCACCGCAUCAGUCCACGGGUCCCGUGAAGAUGGUCAUUAAGAAUGGUGUCCUGAUGCCUAAGCAGAAGCAGAGACGCUACCGUACGGAGAGGCCAUUUGCCUGUGAACACUGCUCUGCCCGUUUUACCCUGAGAUCCAACAUGGAGCGUCACAUUAAGCAGCAACAUCCUCAGUUCUGGGCUCAGAGGCAGCGCAGUGGCCACAAUAUGAUGCGUCGAGGCGGUGGAGCACCUGCCCAGACUCCAUCUGCUCCCACGACGAAUAAUCAUCCCGUGCCAUCGUCUCCAAUGGCCGGAGCUCCAAUGCCAUCAGCCGGAACCUUCGGCGCCAUUUCUGAUCACGUCAAAUAUGCCAUUCUGGCGCAACAGCUCAAGAGUCGCGAUCCCAGCGGGAAGAUACCCUUCCUACCCAAUCUCACAGCUGGCCUCAUGAACACCACUGCUCCGGCAUCCCGGCCCAGUAGUCGUCAAGUUGAAGAUGAAGAAGAAGAUCCUCAGCUAGUAAUCGACGAAGAUUCCCAGCCUGAAGAUCUCUCCCAAUUGCAGUCCAAGAUGGACGAUGAGCACAUCCUGGCGGCUAAAAAAGUGGCAGAAAAUAUCCUAGAGCAAGCCAUGAAGUCAUCAACUGCCCAGGAAAAGGCACAGCCUCAAACCGAUGGCCGGGAUGCAAAUGGAAAGAUCAGCGUCAAGACGGAAAAUGGCACGAAGAUGUUCAGCAAGGAAAAUCUGAAGGAGGAAGGUGACCUUGUGUCCGUCUCCAAGUUGGUGGACAAUGCAACGAAUCCUAUGGCUUUUGGAAAUUACUUUAGAUCCGAUCCCACUGUCCAGGAUCACAGUGAUGAGGAGGGUCUUGUGGCGUCAGGAAGUGCUUCGGAGAGCAAUAAUUCCGGCACAGAUGAUCCCAAUCCUUCUCCUGUGAUGCAGCAGAAGAAGAAGUCUGCCUACAGCUUGGCUCCCAAUCGUGUCUCUUGUCCCUACUGUCAGCGAAUGUUUCCCUGGUCCAGCUCUCUACGUCGUCAUAUUCUCACUCAUACUGGUCAGAAACCCUUUAAAUGCUCCCAUUGUCCCCUCCUGUUCACCACCAAAAGUAACUGCGAUCGUCAUCUGCUCCGGAAGCAUGGAAAUGUAGAGUCUGCAAUGUCACUGUACGUGCCCAUUGAUGAUGUCCUCGAUCCCACCAAGAUCACCAAGGAUGACAAUCCGUCAUCCGUGGAGGAAGCCCCACCAAAGUCCCCACCUGAAGAUGCAUCUCCGACCAAGAAGAUUCCCAGCACAGAGAGUGGCGAAGUGACUUCGUUGAAUCUCACUGUGCCUCAACUCAAGUCCACGGCAAUUGAGACAAUGGGGCUAAUUAGUUCGGAUUUGCCAUUCAAGUGUCACCUGUGCGAUGGCUCCUUCCCCGAGCGAGUCAAUUGCCUGGAGCAUCUCAAGAAUAUGCACACACAGGAAUUUGCCCUGCUGCUCGCGAAGGGAGCCAUUGAGGCAGACGCUGAGGCCCAGACAGCCUCAGCUGAAGAUGAUGACAAGAAUGAGGCCAAGGGAAAGUAUCCUGACUACGCAAAUCGCAAGGUGAUUUGUGCCUUCUGUAUGCAUCGUUUCUGGUCCACGGAGGAUCUAAGGCGUCACAUGCGACGCCACUCGGGCCAGCGUCCUUUUCAGUGCAAUGUUUGUCAGCGGAAAUUCACGCUGAAGCACAGCAUGACGCGUCAUCAGAAGAAAUGCGCCACAAGGAGUGGCAAUCAUCAGCCCAAUAGUGCCCACAGUGCAUCAGAUCUGUCUGAUGACGAAGCUACAAAUCCGACCGUCCCGCCGUCUGUUGCCUCAAAUCUGCCCAAUUUGCUUAAGAUUCCCGAAUUCAUGGAGUGGAAGAUGCAGCAGCAGCAACUGAAAGCCCAGGAGAAGCUGUCUGUGGCUGAGGGGAAUGGAGCAAGUAUCCUGGGCUUGCUCAUGAAGCAGCAACAUGAGCAGACCGGUGACAGUGAAGCAUCGGACUUGAUUGGGAAUUUGCUGGGAAUCAGUGACAAAGGGAUUCUCAAUAGGGUCCUGCAAUCGUCGCCUGAUGAGGCGGCUAAAUUGUUGGGAGUUGAGAAGUAAUAAAACUUUGGACUAUCCCGAGGUAUGUAGCUCUAAGUUCACCAAAAAAAAAAAUCUUAAGUAUAAAUCAACAAUUUAAUUAAGAAACGAUAAAACCAAUCGAAAUUUAUCUAGUCAGGUGUUUGAACAAAGGAUAAAAUUCACAAAUUUGAAUUAUUACAACGAUUUUUCUGUGCUUUUUGUUGGACUUGAUAACUUUAGUUUUAGGGAAGGACAGGCAAAGAACCUUCACGACGAACUUAAUUGCGUUUAGUGUAAACCACUUUACUAAGAAAAAAAAAAACAAGAAAAAUUAAAUUAAAGGGAAAAAAAGUCUGUUUGUAUUUUAUGCGCUCCCUUCUUAAUUUUUAUUUAGAAAUUAUUUAGAGAGGAAAAAAACUAUCAAGGAAUGUACCUAUUCCGAAUAUUUAUCGAUAUACAACAAAUUUAUCCUAAUAUCUAAAUAGCUAUUAAGAUUAAAUAGAAACAACUUUUUCUACAAUUAGUUUAAAUAUUAUCUUUAGAUGACAAAGAAAAGCCUUAAAAAAACACUAAAAAGACAUUUUACAAGGAAAAUGUGGACGAAAAUCAAAAUUAGGAUAAAUAAAGCUUUCUGUGCGUGUGUCUUGUAGGUUUAAAAAAAAACUUCUAGUAAUGGUCAUAUUGAGAUAAAAUAUUUAAAAAAAAAGACAGUAGCAUUUCAGUAAAAUAUCGAUAGAAAUUGCAGAUUAUUUUUGUAGUUGAAAAAAAGAAAUAAACUGAUAUUUUAGAAAGGGAAAAUAAAUGUCCCAAUUGUCCCAUUUUUUCUUUACUUUGAAACAAUUUUCCAAAUGUGCCCUCAUUUUUCGAGAGAAAAAAAAACCCAAGAAAUUCAUCGAAAAAUGUUUAAAGAGUGGCCUUUUCAGACCAAAGUGGCUUAAUAAAAUUAGACAAAAAAUAUAGAGCAUAAUUAAUAAAUAAAGAGUGCUUGUGAAUUAAAAUAAAAUUUUUCGCUUCAAAAGAGAGAAUAAAAAAUAUUUUAAGGGUGACAUUUAGUCCUGGGUUUGUUAUUUGGCAAUGAGGUUAUGUUGAAAAGUUUGGUUAUGUUGCGGUUGAACUCCUUAGAAACGCAGUCAGCACCAAAUGCGGAGUUCAAUUUAGAUGAAAACAUAUUUUCUGCUAAAUAAAAAGCUAAAGUUGCUAACCUCAAAACGAUACUCCCGGCAGUGCAAUUUCCAUUCGGUUAGCAAUUUUCGUUAGAGAACUGCUAACCGAUCAGCAUUUUUUCCUGUCAAUUUUCUCUUUUCAGCUAACUGUGCUCGGUAGGAAACAGCAGAAAAUUUUAAAAUGUGUAUGGUUCCUUUCUUGAAUUUAUCUAACUACAGAGAUUAUUUUCAAAAUUUAAGGUUAUGUCAGAUUUAACCUCAAAAUUCCCGCUCAAAGGUGUCAACAUAUCAUGAAAAAUUAUUCUAAUUAGCAAAGGAUAAGCGUUGUAUUUCAGAUAUCCUUCGAAAAUUCUCAUUUGAUUACAAAUUUUAUUGAUUUUUUUUAGUUUCCGUUCCCUGACACAACCUCUUAAUUUAUUUUCACUUCCUUUAAAAUUAAGUUUUGUUUUAGAAUAAGUCUCGUACGUAGGAUCAACUUAUAUUCGUAAGUUAAAGCCUUGAAUGAAGUAAAAUAAGAAUAAACUUUUUUUAAAAAAAUAUUUUAUCCUCAAAAACCCAAAGAAAGACUCUAAUUUCUUAUUUUAAAUUUAACCUCAACAUCCAAGGUUGAUUUUUGGAACAUUCUCGUAAAAUACAAAUUUAAUUGAAAUUUUGCUAAUUCUUCGAUCAUUAAUAUUUCACUCAUAUGACAUAACCUGUUAAUUUUUGGUCCUUUUGGUACUUCGACAGAAGUUUUUUGAAGAUUUUCUUUUCUUAGAAAAAUCUUCUACAAAUAUUUUUGCAAAAUUUCAAUAAUUUUAAGUAAAAUGAAAGACAGAAACGUUACAGGAACCCUAUUUUCAAUUAGGUUGGUUAGAGAGAGUCUUGUAAAACAAGGUUAUAAUGAACUUAACCUCAAAAGACAAAAUUAGAUUUUUCAAAGAUUUUCGUUUCUUAGAAAAAUCUUGUUCAAAUAUUCCAUUACUUCCUAGAAAGUUCAAAAAUUUCAGAAAAAAAUAGAAAUUCAACAAAAAUGUAUUUUUUUUAAAUUGGUUAUUGAGGUUAGGUGCACCUAACCUCAAAGGACAGUGUUGAAUUUUACAAGACUUUCAUGAAUUCCCGUCUCAAAUUUCUGAUUUUAAUAUGGCUAUCCUGUUCCAAAACGUUUUAAAAUCUUGCUUAAUGCUCACAUAUAAAUUCUUCAGAGCUUCUUAGUGAACAUUUUUAUUUGGAUAUUUAAUGUAAUCUAAAAAGUUUUCUCCAUUAGAUAAAAAGUAAAUGAAACUCUCUGAAACUGAAUAAUAUUUUAACUUGUGAAACUUUCUAAUUUAGCGAUAAAUAGUAAGAUAUAUUUUGAUAAUACAAAGUUUGUUCAAUUUAACCUCAAAACACAAGGGUAAAAUUUUGCAAAUUUCUGCUAAUUUGUUUAUUAAAACUUUUCUCAUGACAUAAUCUAUUUUUUCCCAGCUUUUAACAAAAUAAAGUUUAAUGUGAGAUUAUUAAGACUGACGAAUUGGAGAGUAAAGGAUCAAAGUUCACAACCAAAAUUUCUUAAUAUUUUAACCAAUUGAUAAUUUAUUUUUUUUUUAGAAAUGUUUCUUUAAUAUUGAAACAAAAAGAUUUUUUUUUGAAAUACAAAAGAGAAAAUUAAGCGUUAAAAAUGACUGGAAAAUUUUAUAUUUGGAGGUAACCUUAAUUUUUCAAGUUAGGUUGCAUACAUAACCUCAGAUUUUACGAAACUCUCUUUACCAAAUAAGAAAAAGGAAGGAAAAGGUCUAAUGCGAUAAAUUAUUUGAGCAAAACAAUGGGUAAAUAUAUUAUUACAUCAAGCAGUAACCGUGUCUUUUGUUCAAAGUUUUAUGGUUAGAAUAUUAAAUAUGCAUUUGAAAUUCAAAUCCCUUAAAAUUUGAUUCAGGAAGACAUACUGGAUUGUUAUCCUACUUUCUAAACAACCAAAGUAGUACUAAGAACUUCAUUUCAAUGAAAUUACAAAAAAAUAAAAAUUGAGAUCAGAUCCGAGAUUCAAUCGAUCAAACAAAACCUAACCUAGCUUUUGGGUUAGUUUAAAAAUCACUUAAAGCGUAAAGAAGAUAAGAAGGAAUACUGAAACAUUUUCUUCCUAAAUUGUUCAGAGUCUUCAGAGAGGCUGUCAAAAAACUUUUCAUUAAUGGAAAACUAAGAGGAUUCUAAACGAAUUUUUGAGGUUAGUUUUGAUACGUUUGAAAUUUACAUCGUUCAAGAUCUAAUCAGGAAGACAUGCUGAAUCGUUCUCUUUUCUAUAACGCUCUCUUCAUUUCUGAAAAUUUCAUUGAAAGGUAAUUAAAAGAAUAUUAAAAUACUAUUUUGAGGUUAGAUCCAAGCUAACCUAACAUCACAGAACAAUCUCCUAAGACAAAUUGCUGGAUUAAGUGCAUAAAUUCAGAAAUAUCAGGAUGUAAAUCUUGGUUAAAUUCGUUUUCCUAACUCUUUCAGUUACUCCGGAAUGUAUUAUAACCUUUAAAAAACCUUAACCUCUCAUAGAGGAUUCUAAACGUAUUUUUGAGGUUAGUUUGAUACGUUUGAAAUUUAUGUCGUUCAAGAUCUAAUCAGGAAGACAUGCUGAAUCGUUCUCUUUUCUAUAACGCCCCCUUCAUUUCUGACAAUUUCAAUAAAAAGGUAAUUAAAAGAAUUAAAUGUGUAUUUUUGAGGUUAGAUCCAAGCUAACUUAACAUUACAGAACAAUCUCCUAAGACAAAUUGCUGGAUUAAAUGCAUAAAUUCAGAAAUUUCAGGGUGUAAUUCUUGGUUAAAUUCAUUCUUCUAACUCUUUCAGUUACUUCGGAAUGUAUUAAAUUCUAACCUUCAAAAAAUCAUAACCUCUCUUUUCUAAACUUUUAAAUGGAAAAUUGAAUAUUAAUUCUCCAGGAAAAUGUACCAAAUGGCUUUAGGGGGGAGUGGGGAAACCGUGAAUAGGGGUACCUUUGAAGCUGGACCUUAUCAUGAUAGACUUUAGUUCCACAAACCAAUUGUGAAUUUGAAUCGUACGAUAAGGCUCAAUUCCAUUUAAAAUAGAAGAAAAAGCCCAAUUUCAAAGCUGCCCCAAUUCAAAAGUGCCCCACUUACCCCAGUUUCUUUCAAAUUUUGAAUUUUUAUUCGCUAAAAUAUGCACUGAUUCCUUUUGAGGUUAGGCACAACAUAACCUCAAAUUUUAAAAUAACCUCUUGGUCAAAUGAAUAAACCUCAGCAAAAGAAAAUUUUAUAAAUUUUUGUGCCAUUUUUUCAAAUGCACCUUGGCUUUUUUUUGAUAACAACAAAAAAAAACGUAUAGUUGUUACUUUUUGUGAGACGGAUAGAUUUGCACUAGAGAUGGCACAUUAUCAAGAAACUUUUUCAUGAAAAUGCCUUCAUUUCGAAAAAAAGGAAGGAUAGUAGAAAAGUUAUAAAACAAUUUAAAAAAAAAAGAAUAAAUUCCAAUAGUAGACAUUUGUAGCGUGGAAAAAAUAUAAAAUAGAAAAUUUCUCUGAAGAAAAAAAUUCAACUAAUUUAAUUAGUAAUAAAUAGAAUUGACUUAAAAAGUAGUAAUACCAAGUAAUACUAUCAAUCAUGCAUGUCAAGUAAACUCUUGUAAUUAAAAUAAUUAAUUUAUUGUGGAAAUAGUGAGAAAAUAGAGAACAUUAUAUACAGCAUUUUACCAAAGUUGUAGACGCUUUCUUUGAAUAUUUCAAAAAAAAAUCUAUAUUAGAAAGACAACAACAAAUAGAGAUAAAAAGGCAGAUUUAAAAAAAAAAUCAUGUAAAAUUAUUGAAAUUAUAUUAUUCAUGAAGCAGCAAAUACCAAAAAAAUCUUAAUUCUAGUGAAAAAAAAAUGAAUUUUGAAAUUUUUGAAAAUGUAAUUUGUUAAAAAAAAUUUAGAAAUUUUUGCUCAUAACUGAAAUUCCACAAAAUCAGUCUCUAUUGAUUUAUUCAAAUAAAGUUUCUUUUUUUUAAUGGAUAGAACAUCAAAGAAAUCAAGUACUUAAGUUGCACUGACUUUGAAUGACAAGUAAAAAAGAAAAAUAAAACUCUUAAAUAGACAAUGAAAAAAAAGCCACCAAUAUUUUGAGCACGACAAAUGUAAAUAAAAUCCUAGUUUAGAAGAAUAUUACAAUAUAAUCCAAUAUAACCAAAAUUAUAUUACAAGUGUAAUGUGAAAUGAAAAGUAAUCAAUGGAAAAUCAAAUAUGAAUCUUCAUUAGUUAUUAGAAUUUGAAUAGAUAAAAUAGAAAAGUAAAAGUCUUUUCGAUAAAUUAUUCCAAUUUGAAGAGUGUAAACUUUGUGACCAGAAAAUUGAAGAAGAAAAAAAUUCAAAAUAAAUUAAAAUUGUAAUGAUGUAUUUGAGAAAAUUUCGAUUCAAAUAAAUUUUAAUAGUUUGCUCAGUA